GGUCUUCUGAAUUAAAGGUAACCAGCUCUGGCAGGGAGGAAUGGAAGCAGGCUUGUGUCCAGACCCCUGAUGCCCCUGCUUGAGUCUGUAUUGGCUGGGAGGGGUCGGGACCUCAAGGGAUGGAAGCAGGAACCACAGCAAACCUGGAAGCCAGAGAUACUCAGCUUGAGUCUGGCAAGAGGUUUGGGGGUCAAGGCUCUUAGCCAGUGGGCCCUGGCCUGAGGCUGCCUCAGCAAGCAAGGCAGGUGAUGUAUGCUGAGGGCAUGGCCCUGUGUGAGGUGAGGCACGGUUGCCGAGUGACUGUCCCUGGGCAGCCACCUGCUGUCAGAGGGACUCUGCUUGCUGUGCUCACCCCUUGGCGGCAGGCACCCCGCUCCUGCUCCUUCCUGUGCCUCCAUGUCUCGGCAACUCAACAUGGACACGGUGCGGCAGAACUUCUGGAAGGAGGAAUACCUGAGGGAGAAGAUGUUGCGCUGCGAGUGGCACCACAAGGCCGCUACCACUACCUCAGCACCCGAAAACUGGACGUGCCAGAGAAACGCUACCUCUUUCCCAUCACCACCAACUUCACAUAUGGCUGGCAGCUGGGCCCGCCAGUGAAGCAAGAGCUGGUCUUCUGCAAGAUGUGCCGCAUUGAAUCUUUCUUCCGCAAGAAUGGGGCCUUCGCGCUCCUCGAUCCCCGGGAUUUGGCCCUCUGACCUUGAGCAGGGCAGAGAGCUUAGGGGAGGGAAGAAGAAAUAACACACCUCCUGGUGGGGCGAAGCUGCAUGUGUGUCUGUGUCUGUGGCUCUCCCAGGCGCGGAGGCUGCGUUCUGGGCCUUUCUGAAACUCCCUCCGACCUGCCGGUUGCCCUCGUCCCUUUCCCUUAAACCCCCGUCUCUUU